CUCAAGACGCAAACUUUCCACAGAUUUUUCUUGCCACCUAAAAAUUUCUAAUUUUCUUUUUCUCACUUGUUCCUCUUGAAUCCCUAAAUUUCGUUUAAUGGGUGUCUGCUAUUCCUCUGAAUCUACCCGUGUAGCUACUGCAAAGCUGAUUCUACAAGAUGGAAGGUUGCAAGAAUACUCCUACCCUGUUAAGGUUUCUUAUGUUCUCCAAAAGAAUCCUACGUAUUUCAUCUGCAACGCCGACGAAAUGGAGUUUGACGACGUCGUUUCUGCCAUUAACGACGAUGAAGAGCUUCUACCUGGACACCUGUAUUUUGCUUUGCCUUUGAGUCGGUUAAAGCACCCUUUGCAGCCGGAGGAAAUGGCUGCAUUGGCUGUCAAAGCUAGCUCUGCGUUGAUGAAAAGUAAUAAUGGUGGUGAAAAAUAUGGAUGCCGCCGGAAUUCGGGUUCACCGUUUGUGUAUUCCGGCGAGAGUGAUGGCAAAUCUAGUGGGAGAAUGACAGCACCCGCCGCAACAGGCGUAAGUGGUGGUAGUGGUAAGGGGUGGAGGAGAAAUGGUGGUGGUGGGAGGAAGUUUACGGCGAUGUUGAGUGCAAUACCUGAAUAGGGGUAGUUUAGGAAAUGAAUAAGGGGUAUGAGUGUAAAUAUUGUUAAUGAUUGAGGCUCAUUCUCAAAAUUCUUGUAGAUUGCCCUUCGAUUAGUUUGAUUGAUAAUUUUGAUACACUACCCUUGGCAGCUAACCAUUUAAGGGUUGUAUUACAAUUUUAACCCUAUAUGAGUUGAUGAGUUAUUGAGCUGUCUAAA